AUGUCUGCUAGGUAAGUAAGUAACUAUGAAAAAAAAAAAUUGUUUUUGAUUGAAUGAUUCCAGUUCAGAACUAAUUAACAUGUACUCAAAUAAAUCAGCGAAGAGCGGUUUGAUUUCAGCAACACGGCUUUUCUGAAGGAUCACCCUGCCGUUACGAAAACUCGACCAGAGGCGAGGGGAAGCCUUGCGGCUUAUCCGCGGAUAUCCGGCUCAGCGGCGGCAACGGAGGCAAAAAAACUUGACGCGAGCGGCAGCCGGAGAAUCGAUAACGUCGUGCGACGGCUUCAAACGCCAAUUUUGACGACUCCGCGGACCUCUCCCAAAAAGCGCUGUGACUCGCGUGAAGACACACUCGCAAGCCGUCGACAACGUCCAGACUUCAACGUGUUGCACGCUUCCCUGCACCGGCUCUCUAAAAAAUCGUCGGCUAUAAAACAAGACAUACUCGUGAACAUUGAGAGGUUUCAGAGACAGUUGAUGGAGUAGUUUUGAUGUAAAAAAAUAUUUAUUCAUUCGCUCAAGCUGUUUUGAAAUGUCCUAAUUCGUAGAAAAGACAGCUCACAAGAAAGUUCUUUCUAGUAAGAGGUUUGAAGUCUCUACGAACCCGUGAAAAAUUCUCUAAAGAUCUACUCAAUUAUUUCUGGUUGUCGCAAACUUUUUUCAAAGACAAAAUUUUUGUAACCAAUAUUUUUUACUUCAAAAAUAAUAUCUUAAUAUCUUAAUUCCGUGUAAAAUCUUCACUCGAAGUGGUCGCUCUCAUUCUGAGGCUUUCACCUAGAGCACGGUCUCUGGGCUCCAGCUACACCAUCCACUACAUUCUGAGCUCGUCAAGGCGCAACUGGAUGGACCACGCGCAGAAGGACGAGGCGAAGGACCGUAAGACAAUGCUUUCAACUCUUUCGACUACACGUUUUCACAGCGAGCUUUUAUCACGAAAAUUCUAUUUCGCCAAAGGCGGUUGUUCGUUAUAGCUUUUAAAGUUCUUGUUCACCGCCUAGUCGAUUAUAUCUGACUAAAACAACAUAAUAAAUAAUUUGAUUUGAUUAAAAACAAAAAGUUUGCACAGCAAGCUUUUAUCACGAAUAUUUAUUCCUAUCUUCAGAAAAUGUUUCUACAAAUUUAAAGAAAUUCCCUAACGUAUCAAUGGAACUUCCUCCUUUGUCAGAAAUUUCUACUCCAAAGGACAAAUGGACCAGGAUAAUCCUUUAUAAAGUGCAUUAAGACACUGAAAUCCUUUUCCGAUAGAACGAAGAUAAGGAGAAUGAACUUUGAGGGGGGACAAGUGCGAUCUUUACGAACCUCGUUUUAGUAAAUCGCAAAACUUUUCUAAGCUUUGAAAAAUUUGGAGUUGGCGUGAAAUAACCUUUUUACUGAAAUGAUACAAUAUCAGUAGAGGAAAUCAUUUUGUUUAUAUGGGAGAUAACUUCAGUUUGCGGUUGGUAAUUCUCUGAAAGUUGACCAAAGGCCAUAUUUGAAGUCUUUUUAAUGAAUGAAAAAUAUCAGUGAGACGGAAGUGCAACAACGUCUUUUUUUCAUUCGCCGAAGUUCAACCUCCAGCUCCCGCCGUCCAAAUCGCCUCGAGCAAUAAUGAGGCAACGGCGUUUUUUUUUCUGUUUCUUACCGUACUCCUCUUUCUGGCGUUUGAACAAGAUCUUUCGAACGCGUGGAACGAAAAACCUCAAAAUUAUAGUCGAAAAAAAAAAUGAAAUAGGUUUCAAGUUAUAUUUGAAAAAGUUUUUCAAGACUGGAAGGUAUAAUGGAGGGUAAAGAGGUUGGGGUCUGAAGAUCAAGAAAUAAAAUUCAAACUCAGCGCAUCAGGAAAACUUUGAAUGUUUGGGAAAAAAAAAUUUUAUUACGAAACGGUUAAAUUCUUCAGAGAGGUAGAUUUUUUUAGAACAGACAUUUAAAAACUUUUUCAAAAGCUUCAUAAACUUGUGAAGAUGGGUUGUUACCAAGAAAGGGAACUUUUGGUCUGUGAUUAGAGUGAAAGCGGUUUUUCACCAAGUAACAAACAAUGGGGAAGAUCUUCAAGAGCCUGUGAACCGGUUUUUCCCGACUGUCGACCCCCAAAUCCGAUGCAUAUCGCAUAAUUUCUUACGCGCAGACAUCAAGAUAUUUUGUUCUGAUUAUUAGCAUAUGAUUAUAAUUAUUUUCUUUUAUUUUGUUUACUUUGUACAUGCCGAUUCCUAUCCAUGCGGUUCUAGUUUUGUUCCUUGUUCACCGGAGCCGAUUUCUCCCAAAACCCUUCGUAAGUUUUUUCUAAGAAAAAAUAGGGUUUCACCAUGGACUCAUUGUAGAUUUUGGUAAUGAUAGAGGAAUCGCAGAUGAACAACAGCUUCUUAGGUCCGAUUUUGAACCGGUAAGCGUUCGCUUUCAAUCUUUUUUAUCGACAAAAGCUCGGAAAGUGAUCAUGGAAAUGUAAAAAUCCAACAUCCAAAGUGAAGCGUAAUCUAUUAUAGAAUGACUUUUCGGCGGAUCGAGAAGAAAUUCGUUCGGCGACAUUAGAAGCGAUGAAAGAGACCGAGAAGCUUUUCAACGACACUGAGAGCGAUAUGAUAGAGUCCUUCGACUGUAAUGAGCAGUGAUCAGAUGUUUCUAAUGUUUUUUUUUGAGUCUCGAGUCUUCCAGCAUCUCAAGUAUUCUGGUUGUCUUACACGGCAGCUGACCAAUAUUCGAAAUAUUUGUCAUUUUCCGCAAUGACAGCGGAAUAUAUGUCCCACUCUUUAUCCAAGUGAAAAAAUGUCACAAAUGAAACUAUUUCUAGACCUGAUUCAGGAAGAGAAAAAGUGCGAAAAUAGUGCGGAAAAAAAUAGAAGUAGAGGAGUUUUGUCCGGUUACACAAAUCGAAGAAUGUGUUCUUGGAAAAUUCAGGUUAGAAAUAGGCAAGAAGCUAAACUAAAAUGGUACUAAAAUCAGAUCUUACGCAGCGAACUGCAACAACAUCAACCAUCCAUCGCAAGGGGCAGCCUAUGGAAAAUUGCGACGUAUUUUGCCUGCAAGCUAUAGCGACAGUGUGUUACUUUCCAAUUAAGAUAAUACAAACUUUAGUGGCCUUUGAUGUGCAAAAAAAUCGGUGUUUUUCGAGGUAUUUCGACGCCGAGGAGAUCUGUUUCUGGGAGUGAGCUGCCAUCGGCUCGAUCCAUCUCCUUUCAAAUGUUCUCUUCUCGUUCGGACAGUCAGGCUGUUUCCUUGCUCCUCGCCUCUGCGCUCUCUUUUUUGUACGAUGAUCUUGUCCACGUUCCAAGCAAUCAGAUUUUUCAAAGUAGGAGUGCGAUAAGCUUGAAUUCUAACCCAGCAACACGGUGAUCAACUUCCAGAAAACUUUUAUGGAGAGAAACAGACCAUGCCGCUUCCCUGCUGCCAAAAAAAUUCUCAUCCCGAAUGUUUAGACAUCUUGGUGCCAAAUGGGGAGUCUGUUGAAAACGGUAAACCGGCAAACUGUCCUUUCUAUUCAAAGCCGACUUUAGGAAGCGUUUCUUGCAUGCCAUAUUCAAGGUCGUUAACUGUCCCCAACAGAAAUUGCGCAAUGGGAGCACGGCAACAGGCCAAUCUUGCUACUUCUUACAUGGAUCUCAGCCAGUUGUACGGAACAAAUGAAGCAGUUCGUCGUCUACGUUCUUUCAAGAACGGUAUACUGAAUCAUUUUUUUUAAAAAUUUUUUUUAAAGUUUAAUUUGUCAAGGACCUAUUUUUCGAGGUUACAAGAUAUAUUACAUCGAAAAAAGUGCAGAAUUUUUUAUUUUAUUACCGAAAACCUAUUUAAACUACUGCGCCAGACUGAGCCGGGCGGCUCGGCCUGACUCACGGGCCUGUCAGAGUAUAAGCAGUAAAGCUGCUCUAUGUUUUGACAUUUUUCGAAUUUUCGCUCCUUUUCUCGUUUCUCCCAUGGAUCCUACUUGAAAUUCUUUGACUAUUUGGAGUUGUGCACCAUUGGAUGGUAUAAGAUCCAAUGGGAAAAUCGCAGUUUCUAGAAAGGCCUUUUUCUAAGCCCAUCCUGGUCUCUUUAGGAAGACUAGCGUUGCGAGCCUCUUCCGGGGUCACAGAUCGUUAUGGUCUUCCACCGCCCGUCCCUAACGCCGAAUUUUCUGCAGCUGGCUGUUUUUCUUCGCCUUCGAAGCCUUGUUUCUUGGCCGGCAGUAAUAGGUUCAAAUAAGCAGAGAGUAGUUGAUUGAAAUUGAUAAUUGAGGAUCAACUUCCUUCCUUUGAGUGCGGCUUUUUACACGAUUUGGAUGAGACAACAUAACUUAGUCGCUGACAAAUUGAAGGUUUCGUUUUUAAAUUGCAAAAACUGACGGUUAAUGAACAGGAUGUCAACUCGCAGUGGGACGACGAGAAGCUUUUUGAAGAGGCACGUCGCAUCGUCAUUGCUCAGUGGCAGCACGUAGUUUAUAGGUUUUUGUCAUUUGAUAUUCUUCACAACUGCAACCGGUUCAAGAGAGAUCGUUCCUCUGCUCAUCGGCAAACAGAACUUGCGGUCUAUGGGCGUUCGCUUGCAAGAAAAUGGCUUUGACAGCGGAUAUAACAUGGUUUUUGUUUCAAAUUUAAAGUUUAGGGAUCUAACGAGAAAAAAGUUCAGAAGGUUGAUGCUUCAACUACCAACGUUUUUUCUGUUAUCGGUCAAUUAUUUCUAACUAUGUACCCUGGUUAUAUUUUGAGCGGUGUGAACAACCGCCGAGAAUCGAUUGCAUCGGUUUCUCUUCAAAACAAGAUCUAACUGCAUUAUUGCACAGAUGUUGAACAAUGCUUCUAUUCUAUACGAGAAGGGCAAACUUGACGGUGUCUUGAGAUUCAUGUUAACGGAAGGAGUUUCCAGACCAGGGUUGCAUGUUGCACAAACUUUCAAACAAGUCUUGUUGCAUAGUGAGGUUAUAUCUUUUCGUUCAGAACAACAGUUUUCUCAGGAAAUUCUUCGUUGGACAUGGUGGCAAUGUGGAUCCAAAUGUCUAGAGAUCAUGGCACCCCGUCAUACUCUGAUUGGCGCAGAUUUUGUAACUUGGAGACGUUCCGCUCUUUUGACUCUUUAGGAGCUCAUGUGAUUGAUAGAAGUCAAUCUUUGUUCCAUUCAUGGACUUCAGCUACAAAAAGCAAUCAACCUGACCCAACUGGAAGAUCUUUACAAGGACACGGAAAACAUUGACUUGUUGGUCGGUGGAUUGGCUGAAAAGUCUAUGGAAGGAGGUCUUCUUGGACCAACGUUUACGUGUAUUUUUGCACAUCAAUUAGCCAGGGCAAGUUUUUUUUUGUCUUUAGUUAACUAUGAAACAUUAUUACAGACGAAAAAUGGGGAUCGAUUCUGGUAUGAGAACUUUUUGGCACCUUCUUCAUUCACAAAAGAACAACUGCAAGAAAUUCGAAAAACAACCAUGGCUCGGAUAAUUUGUGACAACUCACGACUCUCUACCGUUCAACCAAACGUUUUCUUCCCACCGGAUGACUAUGAGUCAGAAAUUUCAUUUUUCAAAUUUAAUUUUCCUUUUUUGAAGAAAUUUCGCCAUUCUGUGCGAAUCUUCUUCGAUACCGAAACUGGACCCAGCGUCUUGGAGAGAAGAAAAAGUUCGUUCGCUUCCCAUAACUUUGGUAAAAUUUGAAGUUUACUAUGAGAAUACUUGAAUUUUGUUCAGGAGACUGUGGAAAAAGCGAUAAAGUUAGGAAUGGAGCAGUAUCUACGACACGAAGAGUCGGAAGGGAGAAAGUUCAGAGAAAAUCGUCAGUUGCUCCAAAAGAUUCCGAAAAGGUUGAAAAGUUUGCAGAGCCUCUCCCCAGCUCUUCGGCUCUUCUGACGCACGCCCUGCUGAUGGCUCCGAAAAAAGAGUCUUUGGACAUAGCUCGAACGGCUGCUGUUCUGAGGGAAGCGACGAAUGUCUUGGUCACAGGGUUCAUUUUGACUUUUUCUUUUCAAAUGGUUUUCUUACUCUUUUUCCGAGCAGGAAUGGCCUGAAAAGAAGCGAAAAGCUUCCCUCGUUAGAUUUACCCUCUCUACAGCGUAUGUUACCUCUCAUUGAUGUUUCUAGAGUGAUUGGAAACUUCACUCCGUUUCUAGGUCUUUUCCAAAACUUUGUUCAUUUUUCACCAACGGGAAAGAUUCAGGCAAAGAACCUCUACCGAAAAAUCUUUGUCUUCCUGAACCGUUGCCUUGCGAUCACACAACCAAAUACCGUACAUAUUCGGGCUGGUGUAACAAUAUCAAAUUUCCCAAGUUCGGAAACUCCUUUGUUCAGAUGCGGAGACUUCUAGACCCCGCCUACAAUGACGGUGAGACUUUUCUCGGGACCUGUUUUUUUAACCGCGCGAAAUCUUUCAAAACUCAUCAUUUAAUUUGUAUCUAUUUCAUUCAUUCUUCGAAGUUUUUAAAUAUAUCAUAUUAGGAUUUGAUGAGCCGCGGUCACGAUCGGUACUAGGAGGAGAACUGCCAUCUGCUCGUCGUAUUUCUAAUUUUGUCCACGCUGAAGCACCCAAUUUUCACGUCAAAUUCACACAUAUGCUCAUGCAGUUUGGGCAAAUUCUAGACCACGAUAUGAUGCAUUCUCCGAUUUCCCGAGGUUACAGUUGGUUUUUUUUUUGACUAGAGACCGCAAUUGACGUCUAAAAAACACUUUUGGUGUCCAUCUUCUGAUAAUAUAAAGCUUCUGUGACCCACCAGAAACCCAAAAGCAGCUUCGAGAUUUAUUUUGUUUUUUCUUUUUUUUUUCUUUGAAUGAUAGAAGUUAAAGGUGAAUGUAUGUCAUAAUGAGGCUCCACUUGGAUUCUUUAUUUUUUUCAUCUCUUUUUUCCAGAAAAGGCGUAGUUUUUUAACUUUUUAUUUCAGGACCUAAUAACACAAUUUUGAACUGCUCUUCCUGUGACUCAGCUUCAACUUUGUCCAUUCAUUGUUUCCCGAUAAAAAUAGAGCCCGAUGACCCAUUUUUCCCUCAUUCGCACGACGAUGGCCGUCCUCGCUGCAUGCCUUUCGCGAGAAGUUUGUUAGGCCAACUGUCUCUUGGCUUCAGAAACCAGGUUGAGGACUUCGGAAAGUUUUGCUCAAAGUCAUUCUCAGCUGAACCAACUGACGUCUUUCCUUGACGCGUCUUAUCUCUACGGCUCAACACAAUGCGAAGCGAAUCGCUUGCGACUUUUUAGCGGCGGAAAACUGAACUUUACAGAUCUCGGAUUCAAUAAGGAGGCGCUCCCUCAAGGAGACCAAGAAAAAGACUGCCGCUCUACUCUGGCUUCCACAAGCAAGAGGUUGCUCGUGAGCUGAGCCACUUCGUUCGAAAAAAAAGUUUCCAGAUGUUUCGUCGCUGGAGAUGAAAGAAGUAACGAGCAUCCUGGACUUACAGUCAUGCACAACUUGCUGCUCCGAGAACAUAAUCGCAUUGCCCGCGCUCUUAGCAGCCGAAACGUUUUGUGGAACGACGAAAAAAUAUACCAAGUUUCUACAAAACCCAAAAAAGAAGAUAAACAACUCCCUUUUCAAGGAAACACGUCGUAUAAACAUAGCUCAACUUCAACAUAUCGUCUUCAAAGAGUGGUUACCUAUUGUAAUGGGGAUCACAAAUAUGGAAAAGUAUGAACUGAGGCCGCUUUCCAGCGGCUACUUUGAAGGUUUUCAUUUCAUAGAGAUGUUAUGAGAGCUUGUUGAUGAAGGCUACGAUCCGUUGUGUGAUGCUUCCAUCUCACAGGAAAUGUCGACCUCGGCCUUCCGAUUCGGACAUUCUCUCAUACGAUCAAUGUUUCCCAGAAUGAAUGACAAGUUUUCAAACAUGACUAAGGCAGUCAAUCUAACGGUUUGAAUAAUAGACCUUGUUGUUCACGAAUUGGGAACUCAGGAGCACUUUUCUAAUCCUUCACCAAUUUAUGAAAAAAAUAAUGGACACAUGGAAUCGAUUCUGAUGGGGCUGAUAGGGACUAACAGGUUUUCGAAAAUUUCAAGAGAUUUUUUUUUGAGAGCCUUGAGGAUUGCAGCAUGGCUUUCGAUAGACACAUAACGUCUUCAGUUCGUAACCAUCUGUUCGCCAAACCAGGAGGUCCCCUGACAGGACUCGACUUGGCUGCGGUCAACAUCCAACGCGGUCGCGAUCACGGAGUCCAGGCCUACAAUGCCUACAGGCAUUGA